CGACCUCACUGUCGUCAUCUCUCCAGGCAUACGGUCGUAUGGCCGGACACGGCGUUCGAGAAUGAGAACGAACUGCGGUUGCUGCGCCUGCAUAGAUAACCGGCAAAUCUCCCAACCAAACAGCCCCAUGCCAUGAAACAGCAUGAGAGGUGAGCUCGGACGCGGACUUUAGGGUCUUUGCGGCCCAUGAGAAUGCUCUGCGGCCGCCGCGCCGCGUGAUAAGGGCUUAUGAUUUGCCACCUGGACAGCUGAGCCCGCGAUUGCUCGUGAUGUCCGAAUGAACAUCGAGCGGGCGCAUCUUGAUUCCCGUUUUCCAGUUUGAUGAGCUUUGGGCUGACAAGCAAUCUCUCUUCCAGGACAUUUCAUUACAUAGGUAGUGCUCUCCGGGCGGGCAGUGCUUGGGCCUAAAACCGCGCCCUACCGUAUCAGCCCCCCCACUCAUCCCGUGGCAGCAUCGCGUCCAGGCGGGCUGUUUUGGGACGGCGUCCGAUCUGUCCGCGCCGGGCAACCAACCAGCCCAAAGCGUCAUCCAGACUAUCCAUCGGCUUUGCAGGGACAUUUCCGGGUUGUUGGGUUGUUGUUCAGGGGGUUGCGCUAUUCACGCCGUAACGCCGCCCACCUUGAUAACCCACCGCCAAGCUCCCUCCCUGCAAAGGCGACCUUUAAAUAUAUUGCUUUGGUAACGCACCACAACAACGACCAAACUGUUGGCAUUCUCCCUCUUUUCGAUCUAGGUAUCUACUGGUCUCUGAUCGCUAACCAUAAACGAACCAUGGCGGAUUAUAUCGGUGGUAACAUUGAGGCCGACCACCUCUGUGUCUUGGUACAUGGUCUAUGGGGUAAUCCGAACCAUAUGGCCUCUGUAGCGAAGGCUUUGCGAGCUCAGUAUCCACGCGACAAGUUGAACAUCCUCGUAGCGAAGCGAAACGCCGGAUCGUUUACUUAUGAUGGCAUCGAGCUCGGCGGCGAACGAGUAUGUAACGAGAUCGAAGAGGAACUCCAAGCUGUCGAAAGCAAAGGUGGAAAAAUCAAGAAGAUCAGCAUCGCUGGCUACUCCCUCGGCGGCCUGGUGGCCCGUUAUGCGAUCGGCCUUCUUUAUGCGCGAGGUGUGCUGGACAACCUCGAGUGCAUGACAUUCACGGCAUUUGCUAGCCCAUUUCUGGGGGUGCGCACUCCUCUUCGCGGUUGGCCAAACCACGUAUGGAACGUACUAGGUGCGCGUACCCUGUGCAUGUCAGGCAGACAACUUUUCGGUAUUGAUCAUUUCCGUGACACGGGAAAGCCCCUUCUCGCGGUUCUGGCGGAUCCGAAAUCUAUUUUCAUGUGCGGUCUUGCCAAGUUCAAGCGUCGAAUCCUCUACACAAAUAUCGUGAACGACAGGUCUGCCGUCUACUACACCACCGGCAUAGCGAAAACGGACCCUUACACCGAUUUGGACAAAGUGAAAGUCAACUACGUCAAGGGGUACGAGCCUGUUAUUCUAGAUCCGACAAACCCCGUAUCCCCCGCGCCACCCAAGCCGAAGGAACCGCUUGUUGCCAACCUGAAGAAAUGGAUCAAUAGGGUGCCCUUUAUCUUGGCCGUGGCGGUUUUUGUCCCGUUGGGAUUGGUCGCUUUCUUUAUCAAUUCUGCGGUCCAGACGGUGCGAAGCUCCAAGAGAGUCAAGUUACACGAAAAGGGCCUGGCGGGAAUUGACGUUGAGAGUUACCGGGUGGACCUAUGGAUCAAGGAGAUGCGCGAAGCUGUUGAACAUGCGUAUGAAGACUUAAACAGCUCUCAAAACCAGGAGUAUCUUGGACUGUCGGAUGGCGAUCUCGACGAAGAGACGGACGAUUCCUCCAACCAGGAGAUUCUGGCGCUCGAGCGCAAACAGUCACACCCACAUCAGCCCACGCUUGCUCUGGCGCCAUAUCAGUUUGCUGCCAUCAACGCCUUGGAUGCACUGGGCUGGCGCAAGUAUCCUGUUUGGAUUCACAAUGAUCGACACAGUCAUGCUGCCAUCAUUGUGCGGAUGGAAAAGCCUACGUUUGAAGAGGGCAAGGUAGUGCUCAGCCACUGGGUGAACGAGGAGUUCCUGAUUUGAAGCGAGCGUUGUUUGAGUCCCUUUUUGACUCUUUAGUUUUAGACUUUUGGAAAAGGUCAUCUUCGGCCUGGAUGGCGCGGCGUUCUGAGGCAGCGUUUCUUCAUCAUUCACGAAACAUUUAUUUUUAAAAGUAUGUACAUCAUGCUUUUUCGUUUUCUUUUUUUUUUUUUU